ACUAUAACUCCGGAAUAGCUUCACUCUGUGGAGUGAACUCGGUGAAGUAAUCACUUGGGGGAGAGUGAGAGGCUUCUAAUUUUGCUUUCAUGGCGAUUGCAACUCUAUAUCUUCCACCAAUUUCAGCAUCAAUCUCCAGCAAACCUCUGAAAAAAGUCAGACCUCCCAUUUUCAUCUCAACAAACCCAUCUCACAUAAAUCCAGUCCAUCUCAGAGAUCUUUUCAGCUCCUGCAACCUCUCAUGUCACCGAUUCUCAAACAUGGAUUCAGAAGGUAGAGUUGAACCGGUUGAUUUAAACAAACUUCGAAUCGCUCUCGCCCAUAGUUCAGUUACUGUUUCUGUUUUCUGCAAACCUUUAUCCAUUUCAAAUGAAGAUUGUCCGAAAGAAGAGGGAUUGAUGACUCAGAAAUCUGAAUUAGGGUUUGGUGAAUUGUUUCAGAAAGCAAUACCAGUUAAUGAAUAUAAUGGGAGAUUGGUUGGUUUUGGUCGUGUUGUUUCUGAUAAUGGAUUGACCGCUUCAAUUCAUGAUGUCAUGGUACUUCCGUCGUUACGAGGACUAGGAAUCGGUCGAAUGAUAGUUAAAAGGAUUUUAAGGGUUCUUUCGAACAAAGAGAUUUAUGAUAUAUCAGCUCUUUGCUCAGAAAAAGAGAGAUUGUUCUUUGAAGCAUGCGGAUUUGGAGAGGACAUGCUGGCGUCUACCACAAUGAUUUAUACUAGAACCUCGUCAAGUUCUGAUACAAAAUGUGAUCAGAUAUUCACAAGUGCAGGUCGGAUGCUGUUAUUAGUUCCUUCGUCAAGAUAGCCUUUACAUCCGUCAACUCGAGGUCGUGCUAGUAUGCAGAAGAUGGAGGUCCUUGAAUUGGCAGGUGUUGUUAAUUUUAAUCGUCAUUGGAAACUACUUCUUACCUCAUCUUUUACAUAGGCAAACUUGAGAGACCCACCCACCAUAGCUUGAACUAUGACUUGCCUAGCUUUUGUAAUCUUCUCUUUAAGAACCCAAAAGGUUUGUAUCUAUUGUAAAGAUAAAUUUCAUCUAAAAUUUUGGAGUGUGGCACUCAUAUUCAUACAAGUCGGAUUUUAAACAAUUCAGACUUGCAGCAGGUCAUGAAUACAGACGGCUUGUCUAA